UCACUCUUUUCUCGGCUAACGACUGACUCUGAUUCUUCUUCUUCAUUAGUCGUCAAAAAUCUCUCUAACAUCUACUGCUCGGUGAUUCUCUCCUUCAAUCUCUCAAUUUCUUCCCGUUUCCAACUCCACAAUCGAUUAGUUUCAUCAUAUUCAAACCACAAUCAAGCCAUAUGGAACUGAUCAAUUUCAAUAUCAUCACCUUCUUCUCCAUCCUUCUCUGCCUCUUAUUCCUCUCCUUCUUCAUUCUCCUCCUCAAAACCCUAUCCGGAAAGUCCAUAACCAACUCCGACUACUCACCGGUGUACGGCACCAUCUACGGCCAGGCUUUCUACUUCAACAACCUGUACGAUCAUCUUACGGCGGUGGCGAAGCGGCACAGAACCUUCCGACUGAUCGGAGCGUCGUACAGCGAGAUAUAUACAGUGAAUCCGAGAAACAUCGAGCAUAUAUUGAAGACAAAAUUCGAGAAGUAUAUGAAAGGAAGUAAGGAUCAAGAAGUGGGUGGGGAUUUGUUCGGAGAGGGAAUAUUUGCGGUGGAUGGAGAAAAGUGGAAGGAGCAGAGGAAAUUGGCUAGCUAUGAAUUAUCGACGAAGAUUCUUAGGGAUUUUAGCUGCUCUGUUUUUAGAAGAAAUGCCGAAAAACUCGUCGGAAUUAUUUCGGAGUUCUCCACCAUGGCGCGAGUCUUCGAUGUGCAGGAUCUUCUAAUGCGAUGCUCUUUGGACUCCAUUUUCAAAGUUGGCUUCGGUGUCGAUUUGAACUGCGUGGAGGAACCAAGCAAAGCUGCAGGCAGGCGCGGGUUCAUGGAGGCUUUCGAUAAUGCUAGCGCUCAGGUUUUUUGGCGCUUCAUUGAUCCUUUCUGGAAAUUGAAAAGAUUUCUCAACGUCGGUUCCGAAGCUUCGUUUAGGAACAACCUCAAAAUAAUCGAUGCUUUUGUGCACCAGUUGAUCAGUGCUAGGAGAAAAUUGCUUCAUCAACCAAAUCUCAAGAUUGACAAAGAGGACAUACUUUCGAGGUUUCUGAUGGAAAGUGAGAAGGAUCCAACAAGAAUGAAUGAUCAAUAUCUAAGAGAUAUAGUCCUGAAUUUCAUGUUGGCUGGCAGGGAUACAAGUGCAGGAACUCUAUCUUGGUUCUUCUAUAUGCUAUGCAAGAACCCUUUAAUACAGGAAAAAGUUGCAGAAGAAGUGAGCCAAAUUGUUGGGGUUCAAGGGGAAGAAACUGACAUACAUUUGUUCAUACAAAACUUAACUGAUUCAGCUCUCGAUAAAAUGCACUAUCUUCAUGCAGCAUUGACAGAGACUCUAAGGCUCUAUCCUGCAGUCCCUGUUGAUGGAAGGACUGCAGAAAUAGACGACAUUCUUCCUGAUGGCUAUAAACUAAGAAAAGGGGAUGGAGUAUACUACUUGGCCUAUUCCAUGGGCAGAAUGCCUUGCCUUUGGGGAGAAGAUGCUGAAGAUUUUAAACCUGAGAGAUGGCUUGAAAAUGGAACUUUUCGACCUGAAUCACCUUUCAAAUUCAUCGCAUUCCAUGCGGGUCCUCGAAUGUGUUUGGGGAAGGACUUUGCUUAUCGACAAAUGAAGAUAGUAUCUGCUGCACUGCUUCAAUUUUUUCGAUUCAAGUUAGCCGAUCCAACGAGGAAUGUAACUUAUAGGAUCAUGCUUACCCUUCACAUAGAUGGAGGGCUCCCACUUCUUGCACUACCGAGAGUAAGAAAAUUUACAUAAAGUACUGUCAAAAAAGUGUACAAGGUGAACGAACUACUUGGUAAUGUGAAAUCCAAGAAUAAUAAAAUUACCUAAUGUAUUAUGACAAAGUGUAUAUGGUACAAAGAUUAGCUUGUAAUGUGAAUUGACUUGUCCUAUGUGUAAGUGUAUAUAUAUUGAAUAAGCUUUAUGAUUUAGAUGAUCGUGGAAAAUGUAUGAGCAAAAUAUUACAAAAUUUUAGAUA